CAUGGACCGCAUAUAAAGAGAGACGAACUUUCCACACAGUAGUCAGUCACGACUCACCAAUACCACGAACCAAAGCAAAGAGGAGAAGAAAAAAAAUUAAAAAGAGCAAAAAGGUGAAAAUAAAGAGCUGGCUUUCAGUCCCAAGCGAGCCAUGGUUGAGCUCAGGCACUCGAGCUCGAUCGGGAGCCGCGCCACUUCGUCUCCGAUGAAGCGCGACGACGUCUCGUCCCCUCUGUUUCCCGAUAGCCAGCCCAACGACGACGACGAUCACGAUCGCCACGCCUCGAAGGAUCGUGACCGUCCGUCCUGGUACAAUUUCCAGUCCCUAUGCCCCUUCUUUAGCGACGACGCUAGGGUUUCUCCGUACAACUCCAGAAUCUCUCUGUUCUUCAUAUUCGUUAUCGUUCUCGCUGGUGCGAUUUCAGUUUUCUCAAUCGUGAACCGGUUGAAUGCCCCUUACUUGUGUAAAAAAGAUGGGAUUGUUCUUCACUGCCCAUAUGUCAAGGAAGCUCCUUCACUCUGGGAGAAUCCUUACUCUGCCACCACAUCCUGGAAGUCUUGUGCUGAGCGCCACGAUGGUGGAAUAUCAGAUCUUCCUUCUGAAAAUGAAACAAAUGGCUAUAUAUUCAUCUAUGCUGAGGGUGGUCUAAAUCAACAAAGAAUUGCUAUAUGCAAUGCAGUUGCAGUGGCUAAGAUAAUGAAUGCCACCCUUAUUUUGCCAGUGUUGAAGCAAGACCAGAUCUGGAAAGACCAAACGAAAUUUGAAGACAUCUUUGAUGUAGAUCAUUUCAUUGACUACCUGAAGAAUGAUGUGCGAAUUGUUCGUGAUAUCCCUGACUGGUUUACUGACAAAUCGGAGCUUUUUACAAGUAUAAGACGGACAGUAAAAAACAUUCCGAAGUAUGCACCUGCACAAUUUUACAUUGACAAUGUUCUGCCCCGAAUAAAGGAGAAAAAGAUAAUGGCACUAAAACCUUUUGUGGAUCGGCUUGGGUAUGACAAUGUCCCUCCAGAAAUCAACAGGCUAAGGUGCAGGGUCAAUUAUCAUGCCCUGAAAUUUCUUCCUGAGAUAGAGCAGAUGGCUGAUUUACUGGCAUCAAGGAUGAGAAACCGCACAGGCAGUUCAAAUCCUUAUAUGGCUCUUCAUCUUCGAUUCGAGAAAGGGAUGGUAGGCCUAUCGUUCUGCGAUUUUGUGGGAACAAGGGAGGAGAAAGGCAAAAUGGCAGAAUAUAGAAAGAAGGAAUGGCCUCGACGUUAUAAGAAUGGUUCCCAUCUAUGGAAUUUGGCCCUUCAGAAGCGGAAGGAAGGAAGAUGCCCUCUUGAGCCCUCAGAAGUUGCUGUGCUUCUUCGGGCAAUGGGCUAUCCUAAGGAAACUCAAAUUUAUGUUGCUUCAGGGCAGGUCUAUGGUGGACAUAACAGGAUGGCGCCCCUCAGGAACAUGUUCCCGAAUUUGGUUACAAAAGAGGAGUUGGCUACUAAGGAGGAGUUGGUUGUUUUCCGGAAGCAUGUGACAAGCUUAGCAGCUCUCGACUUCUUGGUCUGCUUGAAGUCUGAUGUGUUUGUGAUGACCCAUGGAGGCAACUUUGCUAAACUUAUAAUUGGGGCACGCAGGUACAUGGGUCACCGCCAAAAAUCUAUAAAACCCGAUAAGGGGCUUAUGUCUAAAUCUUUUGGCGACCCCUACAUGGGCUGGGCGCCCUUUGUUGAGGAUGUGGUUGUUACCCACCAGACACGGACCGGAUUGCCAGAAGAGACCUUUCCAAACUAUGACCUAUGGGAGAACCCUCUCACUCCUUGCAUGUGUAAAGCGUGACCAUAAGGAUUUCUACAUACGAAUGUUCCACACAGAUUUAUUUGGAGCAUCUCCUUCAACAACCUGCACAUUCUCAUUCGAAAAACGAGAGUUGUUUGAACCACAAGGAAUGAAAGAAAAAUCUGGACCGAGUUGCUGACAGUUUUGAGUUGGAGGAACUUGGGUAUGCGCUGGAGGUACUUGGCCGUAGGAAGUAAACUUCCAAUAUAAUCUUUGUUAAGAGUUCUCAUUCUAUGAUCGUCUGUUGUAUCUUCUUUGGGGAGAGACACUCGGCAGUUUUGACUUUAGAAUGUUGGAUCAUUUUAACCAGUUUUUGGCACAAAGAAUUACAUGAUUUGUCAUCUUGUAAAGUAUAAUCCGAGAAGAUGUCUUUCAUUGAACCUCAGACCCAAAGGGAGGAUAAAAUACCAUUAAGUUACAAAAUCAUGCAAUCAUAUUUCAUUUAAUUGUA